AUGAAUAUGAACAACAUCAUAUCCGCUGAUCAGAUCAUCGUCGAAGUUCAUCAUUCUGAUACAAAUGAGCCUGGGCUGAGCGAGAAAACAAUCAACGAAGAAGAAGAGAAUGCCUCAGAUACUCAGCCUCCAAAACGAGAUAUACUGUUUGUGAUAUCCUUGGUUAUAAUUGCUUUAGUGGUCAUCUCUAGCAUCAUGGUCUCAAUAGUGUUUUUGAAAACGACCAAAACCCAUCCAUCCACAACGGGGAUCAGAAAAACGCAGUCUCCAAAUCGAAUACUAUUGAUUGCUGCUAAUGGGAGCGUCAAUAGUGUAUACGAUACAUAUGUGGGCGGUAACAGCAACGCGGCAACACCUGGCAGGGCUAGUGGCCAAUAUAUAGCAACGGAAUCUCCAGAACAAGUAUGUGACGAUACUCUAUCUACUAAAUAUCUUAGCUUUGGGGCAUGUGAAGAAGGAGCUAAAUAUGACAAUGACCAUGGCUGUGGACUGCAUACGGGUUUCUAUUUCGAAUUAGCUAGUGGUCCAACAUUAGUCAAUGGACUGACGAUCUGUACAGCAAAUGAUUAUAGUGAACGCGAUCCGACCGUUGUCUCGUUAGAAGGAAGUAAUUUGACAGGAGGAAAUCUUACUCUUGGUAAGAGUUGGACUCUCCUCUACAAUGGUUCUAGCGGGAUCGUCGUAGAUCCAGGUCGAGAACAGUGCGGAUCAAUAAUAGUUUUCAGCAACACAAAAGAAUACAAAAGUUACCGUUUUCUGGUUUCCGGCAAACGACAUCGAUCGGACUGUGUUCAGUAUUCUGAAUUAUAUCUUUACAUCUAUUGA